CUGCUGUCGUCUCUAUUUUUUUUUUUUUUAAUUUUGUUGUUGAAGCAAUCGACCAUGGAGACGGAGCUCAAAGAUCUAUUCGAGGCGGCAAAGAAAGCGGCGGACGCCGCCUUCACUAACAGCGGUGCCGGAGAUUAUUCGGCGGAUGAAGAUCGCUGUAUUGAUGCCUUAAAAGCGCUAAAAAAGUUUCCUGUUAACUAUCAAGUUCUUGUUUCCACUCAGGUGGGGAAGCGGCUUCGUCAACUAACGAAACACCCUCGAAAGAAGAUCCAGUCUCUAGCUUCUGAGCUAGUCGAAAUCUGGAAAAAUAUAAUACUCGAAGAGACAUUAAAGAAUAAGAAAAAUGGUAGCUCGGAUACCAAAGAAUCCGUAAAACCCAAGCAAGUGCAAAGAGUGAACUCAAUCAAGGUUGAGAAAAACAGUCGUAGUGCCACAUCAUCAUCGUCAGACAAAAAGGUUAAUGUUGGCAAAGUCGAAAAGCGAGAAGACAUUAAAGUCGAGCGCGUUACCAAAGAAGAAAAUAAUCGAACAAACAAACCUGCGGUUAACAGUGUGGCCCCACCAAAACUGACUUCUCUUGUUUAUUGUAAGGAUCCUGUACGAGACAAGAUUCGCGAACUUCUUUCAGAGGCGUUAUGCAAAGUUUCGGAGGAGGUUGAGGACGAAUUACGCGAUGAAGCGGAAGCAUCUGAUCCAUACAGAGUCGCCGUUUCAGUGGAGUCUGCGAUGUUCGAAAAGUGGGGGAGAUCCAACGGUGCGCAGAAGUUUAAAUACCGAUCAAUAAUGUUCAACAUUAAGGAUCCGAAAAAUCCGGAUUUUAGAAGAAAAGUGUUGUUAGGGCAUGUGAAGCCGGAUCGGAUUCUGGAGUUGACCCCUGAAGAGAUGGCGAGCACCGAACGACAAAUGGAGAAUGUGAAAAUCAAGGAGAAAGCGUUGUUCGACUGUGAACGAGGUGGGCCGCCAAAAGCUACGACCGAUCAGUUUAGGUGCGGUCGAUGUGGGAAAAGGAAGUGCACUUAUUAUCAGCUGCAGACUAGGAGUGCUGAUGAACCUAUGACGACGUUUGUAACGUGUGUGAACUGUGACAAUCAUUGGAAGUUCUGUUGAGGAACUCUUGUCAUUAGUAGAUUUGAGUUGAAUGGAUCUGAUUAGAUCUCUUCUGAGCCGCCCUUUCUCAGGUGAUGUAAACUUUGGAACUGUUAUAGUUUUAUUAUUCAGAUUUUCUGUUAUAGUGAGAGGUAGGUGUUUGUCUGCAGUUGUGAUAACUUGCCUUAUUUGAAACAUUUAGUUAUAUUUUCGUACCAUAUCUGUGUUGUAUUGGAUUCCUGGUGUUACUUUGUGCUUUCUGGUAA